AUGAGUGUUGCUAAGCAAUUCGGCUGCGCGACUGGUUUCCUGCUUCGCCGGAGUUCAGGAAUAGCUGUGCUCUCUUCGAGUUCCAGGCCUGCUCUCCAGCUCGAAAACAACAGAAAUACACGACACCUAACUACGAGCAAUGGCGGCCAGCCGAGUAAUGGAGGUGCACUGGCUGGCCUCAAGGUUAUCGAUCUCUCGAGAGUGCUGGCUGGACCAAUGUGUACACAGAUUCUAGCUGAUUACGGUGCCGAUGUCAUCAAGAUUGAAAGUAUUGGGACGGGAGAUGACACUAGACAUUUUCAAGCAAAAGGUGAGAAGAAGGCUUGGAAGGCUGACAUAGGACCCAUGUCCAACUAUUUUGCGGCGAUCAACAGGAACAAGCGCUCGUUGACGCUGGACUUGAAAUGUGAAGAGGGACGGAACGUCUUUCUGGACUUGGCCAAGAAAUCGGACGUGGUGGUAGAGAACUUUCGGACUGGUACUAUGGAGAAACUAGGUAUUGGCUACAAUGUGCUCUCGAAAAUCAAUCAUAGGAUCAUUCUAGGUUCCGUCACUGGCUAUGGCGCUUCCGGACCUGACUCGCAGAAAGCCGGCUAUGACUCGAUCGUGGGAGCAGAGGCAGGAAUGAUGUACCUUACAGGUGAAAAGGAUGCGAGGCCAGUCAAACCAGGACUUGGCGUUACUGACAUGUCUUCUGGCCUCUUUCUUCAUGGCGCUAUUAUGGCGGCAUUGUAUGCUCGCGAAAGGACUGGUCGUGGCCAGGAAAUUAACACGUCCCUCUUCGAAACACAAGUGGCACUUUUGAUCAACGUUGGCAUGUCGUGGCUGAAUUUAGGUCAGGAAGCAGAACGAUGGGGAACAGAACACCCGGCUCUAGUCCCCUACGGUGCAUUCAGAACCAAAGACCUCUACUUUGUGUGCGGAGCAACAAAUCAGAAGCAAUGGAAUAAGUUCUGUGAACUUCUCGACGCGGAGUACCUACGCGAAGAUCCAAGAUUCAAAACGAACUCAGACAGGGUAGAGCACCGUGAGGAACUGUCUCCGAUCAUCGAAAAGAUCUUCGAAACCAAGACAUGUGACGAUUGGACAGCAAUCUUUGAAGGCAGUGGCAUGCCCUUUGCACCAAUUAACAAUAUGGAAAGAGUGUUUGCACACCGUCAGACGAAAGCAAGAGAUAUGGUGCAAGAGCUUGUUUUCAAGUCAGCAGUAGCUGGAAGUUUAAAUGUCAUUGGUCCAAGUGUAAAGUUCAGCGAGAACAAGGCUUCGAUACGGCGGAGACCUCCUCUUCUGGGAGAGCAUACGAAGGAGAUACUCAGGGAGUUAGGUAGGUCAGAAGCCGAGAUUGAGGAGUUCGAGAAAUCGAAGGUGAUCUAG